GAGAAAGAGCAUUAGGUCGCUGCUAACACACUCUUCUGAGGGGAGGUAGCUUUCCUCAAAUAAAUGGAUAUUUAUCUGAAUUUUUAGCUAGAGUGAACUGCUGGAUAGGUUGGAAAAUGCUGCUUUCAGUGUCUGCUGGCUUGCUGCUGCUGUAGGACGUUUGGCUGGAAGCUCUGCAUUUACUUCAGGAUGGUGCCUUGCUAGUUGGGCUUUGAGAAGUGAGCUGGUUCCUGCAGAAACUGGAUUUACGAACGAGGGGCACAUCACAUGGGAGUGUGUGUAAGGGUGUGUGUUCAGGCCUCCUGCCAUCACCCGCUCUUCCCGGACAGCCAUGGCAGGGGGCAGAGAGCGCGGCUCACGGAUACAGAGACCGUGGUCGGUUUACCGGGCCAACACGUUCGAGCUGUCCAGUGAGAUGAUCGGGUUGGCCCUCGCAGGAAACAUUCAGGACCCAGACGAGCCUGUGCUGGAGUUCAGUCUCUCCUGCACAGACCUGGUGACUCCUGCUUUGGAUCGAAAACCAAACAGCUUUGUAGCAGUGACCUGCACUACGCCGCCACAAGCCUUCUGGACCAAACACGCCCAGACAGAGGUCAUAGAGGGCAGCAGUAAUCCCAUUUUCCUCAGCAGCAUUGCCUUCUUCCAGGAUUCCAACAUCAACCAGCAAACACAAGUGAAACUAUGCGUCUACGAUGUCAAGGACCGCUCCCAGGGCAUGAUGUAUUUGCUGGGUUCAGCACUUUUUCCUGUGAAGGAAUUGUUACAGGACAAGAACCACAGGUUGCAGCUGGAACUGAGGUCGGCAGAGAACGAGCGGGUCGGGAAGGUUGUGGUAGCUGUGUGGCAGAUGGAGGAGAAGGCAGAUCAGAAGAUAUCUGUGUCAAUCGGUCGUCUGUCAGAAAGCAUCAACACCCGGAUGGUGCUGUCUGUUGACGAGAGUCUGACUGAGUCCAUGGGAGUGCGAAUCAAGUACGCGUCACUAAGCAAAGACACUUUGCUGCGCUCAGUGUUUGGUGGCACGAUGUCCAGGAUGUAUCGCUUUCCUACAACUGACGGAAACCACCUGCAGGUCCUGGAGCAGAUGGCCGAAAGCAUCCUGUCCCUAAACGUUCCCAGACAAUUCGUCAAGCUGCUGCUGGAGGAAGAUGCUGACAGAGUGUGUGAACUAGAGGAGCUCGGAGAGUUGUCCCCCUGCUGGGAGAAUCUGCGGAGACAGAUUGUCUCUCAGUACCAGACAAUAAUACUCUCAUGCCAGGAAACGCUAUCUGACCUCGGUGACUACAGAGGUCCGUCAUUUAAAGCCAGUCACCUGAAGGCAGACAGGAAGCUCGAGUUCAUGGCAACCAACUUGCAUGUGCAGAGGAUGAGGGUGCAAGAUGAGUUUGGUGUUGAUCACACCUAUGAUGUGGUCACAAUUGGUGCGCCGACAGCUCAUUGCCAGGGGUUUAAAAACGGAGGCCUGAGGAAACUAAUUCAGAAGUUUGAGGAGACAAAGAAACACAUAAAUGAGGAGGAAUGCAGUGCCCUGUCCAGCUCACAGUCCAUCGUCUACAUACCCAACGACAUCGUCUGCGCCAAAGAGAUCAUCGGUCGCAUCAACACGCUUAAGACUCAGGUCAGCUACUACGUUGAGAGGCUUUCCCGAGCUGCCAAGGACCGAUCUGUCAGCGGGCUGGAGAAGACGCUCACCAUUUUGGCUGAUAAGACUCGUCAGCUGGUAAAUGUGUGCGACUGUAAGCUGCUGGCUUCAGCCAUUCAAGCCUUGAACGCAGCACGGCCCGAAUACAUUGCUUCCAAAGCUUCUCCUUCUGCUGAUUCAGAACAAGUAAUCCUCCGUAACGACCAGGACACGCUGCUGGCCAAGUGGAGCGGCAGCAACAGCCGGUCCUCACUGCAUGUGGACUGGCACGAGGAGGACUGGGAGAAGGUGUGGAUGAAUGUGGAGAAGUCUCUGGAGUGUGUCAUUCAGCGUGUUGAUAAGAUGCUUCAGAAGGACAGGAGACCCAGCGAUAGCAGUCAGGAUAGUACCCAGACUGACCUGCAGGGCGGCAGUACGAAAAAAGAUAAUGGGAAGCCACGAGCCUACUGGAUCAACCCAGGGAAUGAAUCGUGGAACUCCGCAACACUGUUGUUGUCAUCAUCAUCGUCAUCCUGUGUGCUUGCACACUCGUCUGCAUAUCCUCCCAGCGCCGAGCAGGAAUCCUAUGAAAGCUCCAGCAUUGAGGAGGUGUACCCAGGUGAGUGGAGUGAGGCGUUGUACCCUCUCCUCACUACGCUGACCGAGUGCGUCGCCAUGAUGAGUGACACGGCCAAGAAGUCCAUGGUGUUCCUGUUGAUGCAGGACAGCGCUCCGACGAUAGCCAUGGACCUGUCACUGCAGUACCGCCGCGACGUGGUCUUCUGUCAGACGCUCACAGCUCUCAUUUGUGGCUUCAUUAUCAAACUAAGGAACUGUCUCCGUGACAACGGAUUCCUCCGACAGCUCCACACCAUCGGCCUGCUGGCUCACUUUGAGUCCCUGCUGAGUACCUAUGGAGAGGAGCUCGCCAUGUUAGAGGACAUGUGUGUUGGCAUUAUGGAUCUACGUAACGUCACCUUUAAGGUCACGCAGGCAACAAGCAGCUCCACUCCCGACUUGUUGCCAGUCAUCACAGGGAACCGGGCCGGCUUCAACGUCCGCAUUCCUCUACCAGGAACCAUGUUUGACGCGUUACCGCGGGAGAUCCAAAGCGGGAUGCUACUGAGGGUUCAACCGGUGCAUUUCAACGUCGGCAUUAACGAGCAGCAGACGCUGGCUGAGAAGUUUGGAGACACAUCUCUCCAGGAGACCAUUAACAUGGAGAGUCUCACCAGGCUAAAUUCAUACUACCAACAAUUCAAAGAAGUUCUGCCUGAAGAUUGCCUGCCGAGGUCUCGCUCUCAGACUUGUCUUCCUGAGCUGCUGAGGUUUCUGGGACAAAAUGUCAAUGCGAGGAAAAACAAGAACGUGGACAUCCUGUGGCAGGCUGCCGAGAUCUGUCGCCGGUUACACGGAGUACGUUUUACCAGCUGCAAAAGUGCUAAAGACCGCACAGCCAUGUCGGUCACCCUGGAACAGUGCCUGAUCCUGCAGCAUGAACACGGCAUGGCGCCGCAGGUCUUCACGCAAGCCCUCGACUGUAUGAGAAGCAUUGGGACGAGGGAGGGGGUGAUCCAGAAGAACCUGAGUGGCCUGUUGCCGGUGCGCGACUUCCGGCUGGACCCCAGCCUCAUGUACUCGCUGCCCCUGCUGGCCCUCAGCCCCAACCUGCUGGUGGUGUGGCUCUUCCUCAGCGUGGCCUAUUUCCUCGCCAAGCUCCGCUGCAGCUGAACAGCCUGUUUGGAAGGACUAACAAAAUGCAAAACACAACUCCCAGCCAACAAGCACGUUUGUGGGUCGGAAUGUUCCACAAUGACUUACUGAAACUGUGACACUGUCACACUACCACUGCACCAUCCGUAAACACAGGCACUGCUCUCAUUCGGAAAUUACAACAUGAAUUUCCUUUGUGUUCUCAUGAGUGGGUGGAGCUAAACCCCAUCAGUGCAUUGUUACUGUGGCGCUAAUGCCACAAUGGCAAGGUGAAGUUGUUUUGUUAAAUACAAACUGGGUAACAGCCUAAUCCUAACCCAUGACUCCACGUUAGUAGAAUGGAUUUUUUGCGCACACACGGGUUCUACAAACUUGCUUUUAAGUAGGGUACAUGCUUUGCAGGCAUGUUAUAGGGCUACGCUAGCUGGCUCAGUUGAUAUCAUACCCAGGCAGUUGCACUACUUGAGCUAUCCACUGUUGUCUAAUGACUAGAAGCUAAAU